CAUUCUUUCUCUCUCCCACCUCCACUACCACCACCGUACAACACUAUAUAAAACCCUUCUUGACCCAUACAUCCAUGAUCCAACCAACACAAGGCCCCCCAAUUCUUUUCUCAUUCUUGUCACCUUUUCUUUUCAUUUGUGUUUUUCUCCCUCGGUAUCCGUGCAAGCCUCUCGUCGCUGCAAGUCACCAAAACGCAGAACAAGGCUGCCGUUUUGGUUCUCUCCCACCCCGCACUACCCAAAAUUUGCGCGCUUUUUUGACACUGUGGAAACGCUAAACGACGAACCAAAGCGCGUUAAACGCAGAAUCAUGAGAUAUUGCCUUCGUCAACUCUAUCAUUGUUCCACAGCUGUGUAUCAGAAUCACUAACAUGAACAUGAUGACUUCAACAAAAUUGGAUCUGAUUCCACUUCUUCUUCCUCUAAAGCCUUUCGCAAUUCUCGUGUAAUAAACUCCACUACUCAGCCGCUUGCUGAAAAGUGAAAACAGAAAGAGCUCAAAAAAAAAAAAAGAAAAAAAAAACUCAAGGACGAAAAGAAUGGGAAAAUCAACAGGGAAUGGUAAAGAUUGGGCGCAGAUCUACGCGAUCUACGGCAUGGAGCAGUGGCAAACCCUAAUCAUAUUAUUAUGCCAAGCGAUCCUCUUCUCAGUGAUGUCGGUGCUGUAUCUCAUCUACUUCGACCGAAUCUGCGUCUCAUUCGAGCGUCUUCUCUCCGCCGCCGCAGUUCCACGUGGCUCGGCUCGCUUUGCCGCAGGCUUAACUGGCUCCGCCACUGCACUCCUCGCUCUCUGCCUCUUCUUCGCCGCCGCAAACUUUUUUUAUUCCGCCCUACCACUACACCAUCGGAUGGCUCACCGCAUCGUUGCCGCCGUCUCCGACUGGUCCUCCGUCCGCCUCGCACUCGACCUCGGCUGCUGCGGCCGCGGUAUCCUCCUCAACGCCGUCGCCUCCCGCCUCAAAAAAGAAGGCAGCUCCGGACGCGUAGUCGGAAUUGAUCGCCACCGGCGGACCACACUCGCCACUCUACGCGCCGCUGUGGCGGAAGGCGUCGCCGAGUACGUCACGUGCCGGGAGGGUGACGCACGGCGGCUGCCGUUCCCGGACAAUUGCUUCGACGUGGUGGUGUCUGGCGCGUUUGUGCACACGGUCGGGAAGGAGCACGGUGUGAAGACGGCGGAGGCUGCGGCAGAGAGGAUGAGAGCGGUGGCAGAGAUGGUGAGGGUAUUGAAGCCUGGUGGGAUGGGGGUUGUGUGGGACCUGGUGCACGUGCCGGAGUAUGUGGCCAGACUCCAUGAGAUGAAGAUGGAGGAUGUUAGGGUUUCGGAGCGCGUGACGGCGUUCAUGGUCAGCAGCCACAUCGUCACUUUCCGGAAACCCAGCCACCUCGUUCAGGGCCUUGCCGCCGAUGAGGUUCGCCUGGAUUGGAGAUUAUGCUAAUGUGGCAUGCUGAUGUGUCACAAUCGAUUCUUAAAAUAGAAUUUUAAUGGGUUGAUCCGGUUUAAAUCGAAUCCAAUCCAAUCAAAUCAAAUUACUGGAUGGACUUCAGAGUUCAGACCCUGCUAAUUUACAUCAUAUAUACAUAGAUAAAAAAUUAUAUAUAUGUAAACAUUUUACACUAAGGAGUGUAUUUUUUCCUUUUCUUUUUUUUUUUUUUUUACCAUAUAUAUAUUUUUCUAAUUGUUGAGUUUUGGUGGGUAUGGGAAGGUGGCUGGCGAGGCGAAGUCGACCCAGAUAUGGUAUUGUUUGGAAAUUAAAUGGAGUUAGUAGUCAUAGUCUAUAAGGGGGAAGGUAGAGAGAUAUGUAAUAAUUUGGGGAGUUACUUUGAUAUUCUGUCAUAUUUGGUAAAUGAUGGAAAUGGUGACUGAUUUUUGUAAAGUUACUUGCAAAUAUAUGAUGUUGAUUUUUAUCAACAGCAAUGAAAUAUAUGGCAUAUGAUGUAGUUUAUGGUAGUA